AUGGAGCUGGAAUUGGGACUCAAAAUAACUAAAACUAGAGAUGAUGUUACUUCUACCUCUGAGUAUCAAUUAGCCAAGGACAGAGCAGGACCAGUCUUUCAGUCUAGAGAAACAAACACCAUGUUCAUCCUCACUGCACAUCUUAAAGGUUAUAAGAGGAAUAAUAUUGACAUCAAGAUAAGUGAAGAUGGUAGUAAGAUAUCAAUUAGUGGACAGAAGCCAAUUCAGGAAAUGUUGAUGAUGGGAUGUGUAAUGUAUAGGAAAGAGGUUGAAAUUACAGGAUUCAAUAAGGUUUUCAAGGUUCCUGAUGGGGUGGUUUUGGAUAGGAUCAAAUCCAAUUAUGAUGAAGAGGAAUGGAUUUUGAAGAUUGUCAUACCAAAAUUUGUUAAAGGAAUUUGUCGGGCUAGGAUAGAAGAGGUCAAGGAAGAAGAAUCUGAUAGAGGAAGAUCAGAAGUAGAGAAAAGUGAAGCUGAUCAUAUUCUUAAUGGUGUUGUUGGGGAGACAAGCCAAAAAGGAUCUAAAGAGUCUGAAGUUCAAGAAAUGGAGGACAAUGAAAGUCUCAUGGAGAAGGUGGGAGGAGUAUCUGACAAGAAGCUUGAUGAUGCCAAAAGGGAAAUAAUUAGAGAGACAAUACAAAAAGAAGUAGAAGAAUCCAACUUGGGAAACAAAGAUGGAAAUGGAAAAAGUGUGAGAAAAAAGGUUGGCAAUGAAGGAUAUCCAACAAUGAAGAUAUCAGAACUAGAGCAAAAUGUUGAUGUAUAUAUCUCACAGAAAAUUGGAGAUACAAGCCAAGAUAAAGAGUCUGAGGUCCAAAAAAUGAAGGAAAGUGAAAAUGUUGAGAAGAAUGAAGGAGGGAUAUCUAACAAGAUGCUUCAUGAUGCCAAUGGGGACAUAAUUGAAGAGAUGAUCCAAGAAGAUAUAGAAGAAUCUAAGUUAGGAAUUGAGGACGGAUCAGAAAUAGAGCAAAAUGCUGGUGCACCUAUCAUGCAGAUCAUUGGUGAUACAAGCCAACGAGUAUCUAAUGAAUCUGUGAAGAAUUUGGAGAGUCAAAAUGGGUUGACUGAGGAGGACACAUGUGGAGAGUCAAAACAAAAAGAAUUUGGAGAACCCAAGUGUGAAGCUGCGGAUAGACUUAAAGAAAGUGUGGAAGAAAGUAGUAUGGAACAAUUCAAAGCAAUGAAGACAUCAGAACUUGAUGAAGAUGUAGAUGAUCAUAUUCCUAGAAAUAUUGAUGGUAUAAGCCAAGAAGAAUUUAAGAAGUCUAGGAUUCAACAAAUGGAGAAAACUGAAAGCAUUGAAGGGAAGAUGAACGGAGGGGAAUCUGAAAGGAGGCCUGUUGAAGCCAAUAUGGAUAUUCAGAAAAACAUAUUUGGAGAUACCCUCCAUACCAUCCAAAAGGACAUCAUAAAGCCUAAGAUUGAAACUGAGGAUGGAGAUCAAGAAUGUGUUAACAAAAAUGCUGGUAAGGUAGGAUUUGAUGCAGUCAUAACUAUAAAGGAAGAGUUUCCUAAGCAGUUACCAAAAGCUACUCCUGAGGAAAGUGAAGGUUUGAAUGUUUCAAAGAUGAAAGAAACUAAAGAUGUCAAAGAAGCAGUGGUGAAAAGAAAGGGAAAAGCGAUUGAGUAUUUUGUGGAGAAGGGUGAAAGUGAAGAACCCAAAAGGAUGUAUGUGGAAGAAAGGAAAGACAUUCAAAAAGAGAUAAUGCAAGAGAAGAAUGGAAUUAAGGAUAGUAAUCAACAAGAUGCAUUGGAGAAUACUUUUAAAGAAGGAUUUAAAAUAUCAAACAGUACAACUGAUGAGUUGCCCAUACAGGUUGGGGAAAAGUUGAUUGAAGGAAGUAAAGGAUUCGAGGUUGCAAAGAAGGAAGAGCUAAAAGAGGUGACCAAAGAAGCAAUGACUGAAACUGAAAGUUUAAUGGAGAAGUUGAAAGGAGUUGAACCCAAGAAUAGAACUGAAGAAUCAAGCAGGGUUAUUGAGAAAAGCACAAUAACUGAGACCUUACAGAAUCAAGUGUUGGGCACUGUACAAGAAAACCUUCCCAAGAAGGUGGUAGAGGAAAUUGCCCAAGAUGAGAAGGAUAAAAUUGAGUUAGGUAAAGUGAACUUGAAAGGAGAAGGAUCUACAAAGAUCCAUGUUGAACUAGGUGAGGUUUUUGAGGAAGACACAACAAGGGACAGAAUGGAAAAAGAAAUUGGAGAGCCAAAACUUCAGUCUAGCGAUCAUCUAAGUGGGAAAGAGAAUGUUUAUAUUGGAGUAUUUGAUGGAAGCAAAAGUAGUAAGUCUCCAGAGAUUAGAGAAACAGAAGAUGUCAAAGAAGAUGGUUCAAAAAUUGAACAGCCUGUGAAGAAACUAAAUGGAGACAAAUAUGAAAAGAUGCAAGUUGAAGAAAAUGGAGGUUUCAGGAAAGAUUUAACAAGGGAGACUACUCCAAAAGAAAUAGAGGUUCCUAAGAUCCAAACAAUGGAAAAAGAUAAACGUCCUUUGCAAGAAGAGAUGAGUAAAGGAAGAUUGGAAGUAAACAAGGCUUUAAAAGAAGAGUUUCCUAAGAAAAUGGUAGAUUCACUAGCUAAUAAAAGAGAGGGACUAAAAGGAACAAAGAUAGAAGAAGCAAAAGAUGUCAAGGAAGUGGGUGCAGAAAUUGAACAAUUUGUGAAGAAAGUAAAGGGAGAGAAACAUGGAAAGAUACAUGUUGAAGCAAAUGAGGGUUUGAGGAAAGAUAGAACUAGUGAGACAACAAGUAAACAAAGAGAGGAUCCUAAGAUUCCAACUAAGGAAAUGGAUCGACAACGCUUGCAAGAAGAGAUGAGCAAAGGAAAAUAUGAAGCAAGCACAAUAGCAAGAGAGUUUCCUAUGCAAAUGAUAGAAUCACUAGGUAAGACAAGAGAGGGACCAAAGGAUAAAGAAAUAGAAGAAGCAGAAGAGGUCAAAGAAGAGGUGACCAAAUUAAAAAGUGAGGAAACAAAAGUUGAGUCUACAGCAAAGGAAAAAUGUCCACAGUCUGAGGAUGAAAGAAUUAACCAGACUUUGAAAGAAGUGGCAGAGGUAAAACAUCCAAAAGCAUCAGAUAUAGGAACUCCUGAAAGAGAGUUGCAAUCUACAAAAGGCUCAACUGAGGAGGUUGAACAAGGAAGUGCAAAGGAUAAGACACAGAAGACAGAGCUGCUACCUCCAAAAAUUCAAACCAAGGAGACUCAUGAAUCAAUAAAUGAAAGUGUGAACCAUGAUAUUUUAAAGCCAAAGAAUGCAAAAGAAGUAGGAGAAGGCGGACAAAGCACUUAUAACACACAAAGCAGUGAAAGCACUAAAGAGGUUGCAAGUAUAGAAGAUCAAGUGGCUAAACCAUUGUCAGCACCAAGGCUUCCAUCAACUCAACAGUCCGAAGUUGAUGAAAGAGAUAAACUAUAUGAAGGUUGCAAAGCAGAAUACGAUGCAUCCCUAGAAUCACAAAAGGGAGAUCCUACAAAAGAUAUGAAAAUUUUAAUUGAAAUGAAGAUGAACCAAGAACCUAAACAAAGGGAAACUUUGAAGCCAGAAAUUCCUCUAGAAAAACAGCUAAAAGUAGGAGGACAAGUUACUAGAAAAGAUGAAUUUCACCAAGGACAAGAAGUGGGAGAGACAAUACAAGAAGAAACUGAGGGGCCUAAGAAUAAAAUUGAUGAUAGGGAUCAACAAUAUGUGCAAAGAGAUGUUGGCAAAGGAGUUGGAAAAGUAGAAACUAUAGGAAAGGAGAUGCACAAAGAAGAAAAUGUAGCAGAUGCUGGCCCAAUAGUUGAAAGGAUGGAAACAAAAAGAGACUUGAAAGCAACUCUUGAAAGAGAGAAAUACAUAACUCAGAAUGUUAAUGAUGAGAAGCCCAGGAUAGAGGAAGAAAUUAUAAAAGAUGACAUUGAGAAAGUGGAUAAAGCUAAACACAUUGCAGAGUCAACGAAAACAACACAAGAGAAAGAGCAUCCUAGGAAAUCAGAAGUUGUUAAGAAAGAAGCAGAACCUUUGCAAGCAAUAUCUUCACUUCCAAGUGUAACAAGUAUGGAAUUUAAAGAGGCAGGAGGACCAAAGAAUGAGUUUGAAGAGCUAGACCUGAAAGAGUUUUCACCUUUAACAGCAGCAAUGAAAACAAAAGAGCCUAUUGAAUUAGCAAAGCCAAUUAUGGAAGGGAAAUUUCCAAAGACAAGAGAGGAUGUACCAGAAUCAAGAGACAGGGAACAAUAUGGUUAUGGCACAGAGGACACUAAAGCACCAAAAAUCGCAGUAUCUCAAGGAGCCAAACCAUCAAAGUUGCAAAGCCAAAGAUAUACUCCACAAUCCAUAGAUAAAGAAAACAGGAAAUCAGAAAAUGUUGUUGAAGCAAUUGGAGCAUAUGAAGCAUCCAAAGAAUCACCAAAGAAAAACAUUGUGGAAAAUGAAGAAAAGGAAAGCUUGCAGCCACAGAUCCUUGAAAACCAAUGCUUUGAAAAUGAACAAAAAGUUGAUGGCCAAGAAGAAGCACUUAGUCAGUGUGGGUUGCAAGAAAUAAAUCAGGAGGAAACCAAAGGCCCCAAGAUUUUAAAUGAGGAUAGUGAUCAACAACAUGUGCAAGAGAACAAUGAUAAGAAAGAAUAUCAAACAGAAAAAGGUGUAGAAGAAGAGUGGUUGAAACAAGAACGAGGAGCAGAAAUAGUUCUGGAUAAAAGGGAAGGACCAAAGGUUGCAAAGAGUGAAGAAGUUAAAGAGGCUUCCAGAGAAUUACUCAAAAGAGAGAGGGGAAAAACAACUCAAACUGCAGAAGAAAAGAAGCCUAAAAUGAAGGAAAUAACUCAAGAGUUUGAAAAGGCUAGUGGAUUCAAACAGGUUACAGAAAAAAAGCAUGAAACUCGAGAGAAAGAACACCAAAGAGAAUCAGAAGAAGUCACUUCUAAAAUGAAGGUGGAACCUCCAACAAUGAUUGAAAUAACUCCAAAUAAAGGAAUUGGAAAAUCACAGACAGAAGAGAUGCCACCUUUGCCUAUGGAAAUCCAAAGAAAAGAGCCCCAUGAAUUAUCAUGGCCAACCAUGGAAUAUGAAAUUCCAAAGAUAGAGGAAGUACAGCAAGAAAAGGAGGGGGAAAGGCUCAUUCAUGGACUAGAAGCAACCACUUCUAAAGAAGAAGGACUUGCGCAAGCUACAGCUACGCAUUCAAAAGCAAAAAGUAAUGUUGAAUCAAAAGGUGAGAUUGAUAAGCCAAAAGUGAAUCAACUUCAGUCUCCAUCUACAGAAUUGUUGAGCAAAGAGCCAUGUCAAUUAGAUAAGUUUAGUAUGAAAGAAGAUAAUUCAAAGGCACAGAAUAAAAUGCAAGAGUGGGAGGAAAAAGAAUCAACUCAUUCCAUUCAAGGCACUACAGCAUCAGAAGUUGUAGCUGAUAAAGUGUUUGAACCAUCAAAAUUUUCAAGCUCAUCAUCAUCCCCUCAACAAUUUGAAGCUGAAGGAAAGGACAAAAAAGAUCCUAGUCAUGAAGUUGGAAAUCAAGAAUAUCAAGAAUCAAAGAAGAGGGACUCCAAGACAGAUGUUCAAGAAUCAAAGAAGAGGGACUCCAAGACACAUGUUCAAGAAUCAACCAAAAGUAAAACAGACCAAGAAGAUGAACAAAUAGAAACUAUACAACCAGAAUCCACAGCAGAUCAACUAUGCAUAAACAAAGAUCAUGAAGAAAGCCAUGGAAUGCACAAAAUUGCAGAAGAAAAAGCUUGUGAGGAAGAAUCUCAAGUAUUAGAGGAGCAAAAAGAAUGUAAAAAGAAAAGGGACGACAAAAAAGGGUCAAAGAAACUGUUUGUUCCAUUGGUCAUAGCAGGAUCAGCCCUUCUUGUCUCUCUAAUAGUUAUCUUUGUUCGGCAUAGAAGAGCUAGAAAAAGGUACAAGUGCAACUAA